AUGCAUCUCUUGCAGAUUUCAUUUGAAUUUAUACUUAUUGCAGAUUUCAAGAAUUCGGACGAUCCCAGCGACACGUCAUUUGAAGCUGAAUCUUAUCCUGCUGCUGAACUCGAGUAUCCUAAUGCUAAUGCCUGUGAGACCUAUUAUUUACUGGCUCCUAAGGACCCAGAUCACUAUAACCCCAUCAUGUGCUUAGAACAAUCCCUAUAUACUAUCUUCGAAUGUACGUUACUACCAUCACCAGUUACAAGCGUGGAUUCUGAUCCAAUACCAGGCUACCUUACGCCCGCGCAGCAAGCGCUAUUUGGAACAUUACCCACAGAUUUUCUACAAGAUGUCGAUAAUACACCGCCAUCCUCACCGCUCACGCAGCUCUCGGGUGAUUCAGAGCAAUCAAGUCCUGUAAAAUUCCCUUCGUACGACCCUUGCGGAACAAAUCACUUGCGUAUCCUCCAGCGUUCCAUCCGACGGCGUGACGGUCCGCUUUUCCUUUCUACCAUGCAAAAUAUUAACCAGCUCCUCCGUGCGCUGAAAUACCCGCCGCUUCCAUCGGACCCGUUUGCACCGGCCCCUCCGAAUGUACUCAUAGAGGCUAUCAAAAAUUGGCCAUCAGGCGGGAUUCCCAACCGGGUGCUCAUGCGCAUAAUCGACGAAACAUAUCAACGCUCCGUGGGCCCGCAUGCUCUGAAGUUGAACCGUUACGAAGCAUUUUCGAGCGAGGUGUACGGCGAGCUGUUACCCUCGUUCACCUCGGAUAUCAUUGCUGCUACACAUCUCCACAAAGACUCCUUGUUUUUGGACUUGGGAUGUGGAGUAGGAAAUGUGCUCGUGCAGGCGAGCCUGGAAACGUGCUGCAGAAGCUACGGAAUUGAGCUGAUGCCUACUCCCGCGGAGGUGGGGAGAGAGCAGCUGAGGCAGAUUAAGAAGCGGUGUAGGAUGUGGGGACUUUCGAUAGGAGAGGUGGAGUUAGAAGAAGGAGACAUGCUGACUAGUCGGAGAGUCACUGAGUUGCUACCUCAGGCGGAUGUUGUGCUGGUUAAUAAUAAGGUGUUCCAGCAGUCGCUAAACGAAGCAUUACGCCCGCGGUUUCUUGAUUUAAAAGAGGGCGCCAUUGUUGUUUCCUUGAAGCCGUUCGUUUCCUCUCUCAAUGCACGGGUUACUGAACGCAACGUGGAUGAUAUAAGCGCGAUCUUUGAUGUCUCUGAACGAUCCUACCGCUCUGGCAGCGUUUCAUGGGGUAGCGGAGGUGGCUCAUAUUAUCUACAUCGAGUCGACCGGGCAGGCUAUGCGGGCAUCAAACAACAGUUUGAGAACCAGCGCGCGAGGAGUGCCCGUGCCUCACGGCGGUGA